AUGCCCGAGAUCGCAGAAGUGGCACGCAUUGUGCAUUUCUUGAAGAAACAUGCUGUCGGAAAGACCAUCCAAGCGGUGAAAACCCAAGAAGACAAUAUUGUCUACGGAAAGGUUGGAACCUCUGCAGCAGCCUUCCAAAAAGCCAUGUCCGGCAAGAAAAUUCUAGACGCACGCCAGCAGGGAAAGUACUUCUGGCUAGUCAUGGAUACUGCACCGCACCCUCUGAUGCAUUUUGGCAUGUCUGGCUGGAUGAAGUUCAGCAACGACGAAACAGCAUACUACCGCCCAACCAAACCCGAGGAAGCAGAGUGGCCACCCAAGUACUGGAAGUUCAUCCUGCAACUGCAAGGAGAAACUAAGAACGAGGUCGCCUUUGUGGAUGCAAGACGAUUGGCUCGAAUAAGGCUGGUAGAUGCUGCUGCAGAAGAUAUGAGGAAGACGACUCCACUGAAAGAGAACGGCCCGGACCCGGUUAUUGACAAAGACAUCUUGACUGUUGAAUGGCUGAGUAAGAAGCUGAAGACCAACAUCUCAGGUAUAGGGAACUGGGUCGGCGACGAAAUAAUGUACCAAGCCAAAUUGCACCCAGAACAGUAUAGCAAUACCUUCAGUGAUGAUCAAGUAAAGCGCCUACAUGACGCGAUGAUGUACGUCUGUGAUACGGCUGUGCAAGCCAAUGGAGAUUCGGACAGUUUUCCUCAAGAUUGGCUUAUGAAGCAUCGUUGGGGAAAAGGCAAGAAAGAGGCAAGCAAACUACCGACCGGCGAGAAGAUCACAUUUCUCAAGGUCGGUGGUCGGACUUCGGCCAUCGUGCCGAGUGUUCAGAAGAAGACAGCAGCUGUCGCUGGUGACGUUUCCGACAAUGCAGAGGCCGAAGACAGUGAAGCGGAUACGAAGCCUAAGAAGAGCAACAAGAGAAAAGUUGAAGCAGUCAAGAAGGAAGAUGAGGAGAUUGAGGAAAAGAUAUCUGCUAAGCCUAAAGGCGGACGUAAGAAUGCGAAUGAGGUUAAAGAAGAGACAAAAGAUGCUUCCGAAGAAAAGGCACCAGCAAAACCGAAGCGUACUAGCAAAAAGGUCAAAGAACAAGUCAAAGAGGAGACCAAAGCAGAGACUGUUAGUGAAAUUGAGGAGGAACAGCCCGUCAAAAAGCGCAAGACGACUGCUAAUGGUGCAGCAAAGAAGACCAAGGCUCCCGUCAAAGAGGAGAAAACGAGUGAGGAUACAACAGGAAAACGGCGGUCAGGACGCUUGUCCAGGUAA